UGUGACAUCAGCGCCAUUUUGGUUGUGUGUUGUGAUGGAAGCAGCGAGAAAAUCAGAAUCCGACAGAAAAACCACGAAAAUCAGACCCAAAUCAGACAAAUUCAGAGCAGAGAAAGAAGAUUCAGCGAAUCAGACUGAAUCAUAUCGAGAAUCAAACCGAAUCUGGACGGGAGUCGUUCGGAGUCAUUUGGAUCUGCAAUAACAGGUCUGUGUCGCUGCGAUGGCUUCGCGUCCCUCAUCAUCAUGACAGAUUCCCCCGCGUCGGCUCCGUCUGGACUCUGACCCAUGAUGAUUUAUGGAUUGAUUCCUCAGGAGUUACACGAGCAGCUCCUGGACCAGCAGAACUACCAGAACCGGACCCGCGGGGUGGAGGAGCUGAAGAGCAUCCUGACGGAUCUGGACCUCCAGCAGGUGUCCUCCGGCAGCAUCGUGGAGUUCAUCCAGUUCCUGCGCAAGCUUCUGGACGACAGCAACUUCAAGGUGUUGUACGGCACCUUACAGCUCAUCAACCUGCUGAUCGAGAAGCUGGACGGCGAUGUGGAGCGAUACUACAAGGAGAUCGUGGCGGUGACCAUCAGAGCGCUGGGAGACUCCCGUAACGUCACCCGACGCGAGUACAUGAGCGUCUUCAGGCAGCUGAUGAGGACGGUGGCGCCGCAGCGCGUGCUGGAGCUCAUGGUCGCUCAGCUCCGGCACCGGAACUCCAGGGUUCGAGAGGACGCCGUCAACAUCAUCACGGCCGCCAUGCUCACGCACCCGCGCAAGGACUUCGACAUCGCCGGCCUGUGUUCGGAGGUGGCCCCGUCCCUCGCCGACAGCAAGAGGAAGGUGCGUCACGCGGCUCUGGAGCUGUUCGCCGUCUUCGACUACUGUCUGGACACCGGGAAGAAGCAGCCGCUCGUGAAGGCCGUGGACCGGGUGGAGCUGACGGGAGACGUGCAGGGCCUCAUGGCCGCCGUUCAGGCGCGGCGAGCACGGCACAUCCUCCCUCGGCUGGCGUCCGACGGCACGGUGGAGUAUGCGCUCGUCCUGCCCAAACCGGGACAGAGACGUCUGCCUCAGCUGGGCUCCGGCGCCGAUCUGGACUGGGUCAUGAACGGAGGACGGGUUUCCAGCUCACGUGGCGCCGCAGACGCCGAAUCCGUAGAUGAUGCUUCGCAGCACAGGAGGAUCGUGAGCGCCGGAAAAGGGAAGAACAAACUGCCCUGGGAGCGAUCGGUCCUCACGGCUAACGGAAAGUCACCUGAUCAGCAGGUUUGCAGUGAAGAUCCGUCCACAUCCAUGAGACUCCGUCAGGACACCGGUGCCAAAUACAGUCCAUCAGAACCGCUUCAGUCUCCGGGCCGGACGCACAGGUCUCUGGGUCGACUGCGCCGCAGCGGAAGCUUAGAUUCAGAUCCAGACAUUUUCAAAACAGCCAGUGAGCCUGAGAAAGGUUUGAAGACCAGCCGUUUCCUGUCGGGCAGCGUGGAGCGAACCUUCUCCCUCCCCUCCAACUCAACACCUCCGGGCUCGUUCCUGCUGCCCUCGUACCCGCUGACCGCUCUAGCAGGAAGUCUGCUGACCCCGACCGUCCCCCACCGAAACCAUGCCGAGCCCUCGCUGUCCAUGUCCAGCACGUGGCCCAACAGACGUGACGUCAGCCCUCUCCGCAGGAGCGACAUCGCCGGUGAGGUGAGCUCCAGCAAGCGCUCUCCGCUGCCUCCUCGUGUUGUCCGCCAGAGCCGGACCAGCGGCAGACCCUCGUCAGAGCAGGACAGGAACCUGCGGCUGGAUCUGUCCGUCAGCAGCGCAGGAGAGCCGGAGGAUGAGCCGCUGGACCGCGAGGAGAUGCUGAACUCCUUGCGGUCGCUGAGGAACAGCGCAGCCAAGAAGCGGGCCAAAGUCAGCGCGAGCGGCUCCGAACCGGAUCCAGACAGUCCGGACUCGGCGGUGAAGCUGGAGCUGGUUCCUGAUUCUCCGGAGCAGACGUCCCCGUCCGUCACCAGCCCUCUGAGCGAGAGCGGCCUGAGCAGCCUGUACUCGCCCCCGUCACCCAACGGCACCAAGAGCAGGUCAGACCGGACGCUCACACCGGCCAUAAACAUGUUCAGUUCAGCUGCACAUGAUCUCAUUCUCAUUCCUGACCGCAGCCCCGUGAACUCCGCUGAGAAACCACGGGUGGCGUCAGGAAGACGUGACCUCGGCGCUCAAGGCGUGACGCAGCAGGAUAAGAGCCUGUCUGACGGGAGUGUCGGUGUGGUCGGUCAGAGACUCGUUUACUCAAACAGAUCGUUAGAUCCGGACGAGGAGAAGCCUGGUGAUAUGACAUCAUCACCACAGAUCAGAGCCGCUGGGCGUGAGCCGCUCCGCGCCUUCAGAGCCGCUAAAGGAUCUCAGCAGCACAUGUCGAAGUCCUGCAGUGCGCGUGACAUGUCGGAGGGAGUGAUCGGACGAGGAGUGUUUGGUUCUGUUGUUCUUCCCAGUCGUCCCAGUGUGGCGGCUUCUCCUGAUCAGGGCGACUCGUCCAGUAAAGCCGCCCGUGAGCCUCCGUCAGGCGUGUACGGCCACGCUUUCACCGGAAACAUCGACUCUGACGGCAGUCCUGAACCGGAGGAGCUUCUGGAGAGGGUAAAACUGUCUAAGUUUGCACGUGACAAGAUGCGUCAGCGCCGUCUGGAGCAGCAGGACGCGCCACCCGCUCCAGACCUGACGAGACGUGAAGUGAAAGACGUGACCCUAAACGGCUGCGGGUCGCUCUCGGAUGAAUCUCCCUCCAGUCCGACAGGACCACAGAACCCAGUGAAAUGUCUGAGCCCUGCCCACCAGCCCGCCCCCCCGACCGGCCCGCCCAAUAGAAAUGCAGCGCCGCGACUCAGACGAACGCCUAGUCUGAACCGGACGCGACCGCCUGCGGCACACGGCUCCGAUGAGUUGAUUUCUGGGAGCCCUGGAAAAGAUGGGCAGGAUCCGGCAGAGCUGCGGCCCUUCUCUAAACCGGAGCUGGCGCUCACUCAGAGCUUCAGGCUGCUCGCCUCGGACGACUGGGAGAAGAAGAUCGAGGGGCUGAACUUCCUGCGCAGUUUGGCCCAGUAUCAUCCUGACGUCCUCAUGAGCAGGAUUCACGACGUGUGCCUCGCUCUCAUUCAGGAGGUUCGUAACCUGCGCUCCGGCGUGUCCCGCGUGGCCGUGGUGGCGCUGGGUGACAUGUUUGUGGCGCUGCAGAAGGGAAUGGAUCAGGAGCUGGACGGGACGACCAGAGCGCUGCUGCACAAAGCCGGGGAAUCCAACGCCUUCAUCAGACAGGACGUGGAGCGAGCGCUGGACAGCAUGGUGCAGCACUGCACACUGACCCGCAGCAUGAGCGCGCUGCUCGCCGGAGGACUCGGUCACCUGAACUCGGUCGUGCGUAAGUGCGCGGCUCAGCAUCUGUGCUCUCUGGUGGAGAGGGCCGGCGCCGCCCGUCUGCUGUCUGGGACCAAAGAUCUCACCGACCGCAUUCUGCCCGCCGUCUCGAAGCUGGCACAGGACUCGUCUCAGGAGGCUAGGUACUUUGGUCGACGGAUGCUGCUGUUUUUGUCCUCUCACCGUGACUUUGAUAAGAUGAUGGAGAAGUUUGUCCCGGCUAAAGACCUGCCGGCCGUCAGGGACGCCGUCUUCACUCUUAAAACCAAGGGUUUGGGUGAGAUGCCUCAGGACGCUCCGUCGGCGCGGGGCAGACGCUCUCUCAUGGGCAGCGGGCUGGUGCGCACCUCGUCCCUCACACGUGACCCUUUGACGGCCAGCAGCAGAGACUCUGGACAGUCCGUGAACAGAGCGGCCGCGCACAGCCUGGCGGACAGAAGCGAGUACGUCAAACAGAUGAAGACGCUGCUGAGCUCCAAGGACUUCAGGGAGAGAAUCAGGGCCAUCGAUCAGCUGGUGUCUGACUGCGAGGAGAACCCGUCUCUGGUCAUCGGCAGCCUGUUCCCGGUGUUUGACGGUCUGAAGGCGCGUCUGCAGGAGUCCAACAGUAAAGUGAACCUGCGCGCGCUGGAGGCGUUACAGACGAUCAUCGCUCUGCUCAACGACAGCCUGGCUCCAGUGCUCAACAUCCUCAUUCCCGCCAUCGUGGACAAUCACCUCAACUCCAAAAGCAACGCCAUCUACACGGCGGCGCUGGGGGCCGUUCAAGCUCUGAUCGACAACAUCGACAACAGCCUUCUUCUUCAGCCGUUCUGCUCCAAGGCCCAGUAUCUGAGCGGGAAAGCAAAACUGGAUCUGAUUGAGAAGGUCGCAGAGCUGGUGACGGAGCUGUACCCGCGCAAACCGCAGCUGGUGGAGCAGAAGGUUCUUCCGUUCUUCUGGAAGCUGCUCAGCUCCUCCGGUAACAGCGGCAGCGUCAAGGCGGCCGCCGCUAAACUGGCCGAGGUGCUGCACACGCACAUGGGCCGGACGCUGGUGGAGUGCGCCGCCUCGCAGCCCGCAAACGUUCAGUGCGACCUGAACGAGCUCCUGAGGGCCCAACACACACAUUCUACCUGAAUACAGACGUUUCUGCAUUUCCCACAGUGCCUGGACUCUUGUUUUUUAAGAAAGAGAAGCGCUUGACUAAUGCUAUUAGCGGAUUCGCACUCAGAUUAGAUCUGACAGGAUCAGGUUUGCCGCUUUGCACUUUCAUGGUACCGCGAUCAUGAUUCUCGUGGUCGUGGUGAAAGAGUUCGACUACAGAAUGUAAAAUGCACAAUAAUACAAUGUUGUUUUGUAACGUGUGCUAUGGAGCAUUUCUAAGAGAUGUGUCGUUAUUAUUAUCAAAGUCUUUUGUACUGUAUAAUAGCACAGUAUUAGCUGUACUGUAUGUCGGUGCAGUGUAUUUUUGGCGACGACUUGACAAUGAAGUGAUGAUGGUUCUGUUCUAAGUGCGACCCGUCUUAGUUUUGUUGCAUGACCAAAUUUAUUAUUGAUGGGGUUCAAAAAAUAUAAUGAAAAGAGUAUAAUAUCAGUCAGAACGAUUUCUCCAUCAGCUCUGGAUGUGAAACCGCUGUAUUUUUGUGAAUGUGAAGCUUUGAAAUAAUAAUAAUAAUAAUAAUAAUAAUAAUAAUACUACAGGUGAAUUCAUGUCCAGAUGUAGUUCUCAGUUUAGUGCCAGUCAUUCCAGAACAGCCUUGAUGAGAUUUCACAUUAAAUUAUAUAUGAGAGAGAGAUUUAUCUAUAUAAUAAAGUGUCUUAUUUCUGUA